CCCACGGCGCCCAAGUAUCAGUACUACCAGAGCGACAAGGUCCUGACCAUUGCCAUUUUGGAACCUCACGUACAAGCGGACGAUUUGCACGUCGCGUACAACACCCAACACCUCUCGGUCGUCCUCCACAAACAGGGUCACGAAUUUGCCGUCCUCCACGGCACCUUGUUCGACAGAAUUGACGUGGAUCGCUGUCAAACGGUAUUCCGUGACGAAAAGGUCCUCCUCAAAUUGCGCAAAACGGAACCGGCCGAAUGGCACGAACUCUGGAGCAAAAACAAGUCGUCCGAUUCAGUGGCCCCAUCGACCGCCCCGACGGUCGACCGUAGCAAAAGGGCCACCCCGUACGCCAGUCCCCGCGACUGGUCGGCCAUUGAAAAAGCCCUCGCGGAGGAAGAAGCCAACGAAAAGCCCCAGGGCGACGAAGCCAUGAACGCUCUCUUUCAACAAAUCUACGCCAACGCGGACGAAAAUACUCGUCGCGCCAUGACCAAGUCCUACCAAACCUCUGGGGGGACCGUGCUCUCCACUAAUUGGGACGAAGUCUCCCGCAAAGAUUACGAAAAGGAACGCGUCGCACCCGCCGGAACGGAAUGGAAAACGUGGGAAGGCGAUAAACUGCCCAUGGCCGACAAGGAUUGA